CAACAUCCCACCUUCCCCACAAACCCAUCCACCCGCCCAUCAUGCCCAAAUUCCACUACGCAAACUCCUCCGACCCCGUCCCUGGCGAUGGCAACAACCUCCCCUCCCAAUUCACCAUAAACGUCCCCUCCCAAACCGACAUCUGGACCAAACCCCCAACCACAACCCGCUUCAACGCCCCUAUCCUCUACCGACCCAUCCCUAUCUCCUCCUUCCAGCGCAUGCGCGUCAACUUCACCGCCAACUGGGAACACCAGUACGACCAAGGCGGCCUCAUCUUCGUGCUAAACGGCACAGAUGGCUCCCGCAAGUGGAUCAAGACCGGCAUCGAGCUGGUCGAUGGCCGGCCCCGUCUCAGCACCGUCACCUGUGACCGCGCCGCGGAUUGGAGUCUCGUGUCUGUCCCUGAGGGCACCCGCGGCGCUACCGUUGAGGCUGUCCGUGCGAAGGAUGAUUCGCUGUGGAUUUAUCUUGUGGAGGAUGGGGAGCAAAGGUCGCCGCUACGGGAGGUGACGUGGGCGCUGGAGGAGACGGGCGUUAGGGAUCUGUGGGUUGGGGUUUUUGGGGCGAGGCCGUCUGCUGAGGGGGGCGAUUUAGUGGUUGGAUUUCGGGAUUUUGUUCUUGAUUUGGUUUAAGGCUUGGCUGUUUUUUUUUGAUGGGUGGUCAUUAUUCAGUCGCACUUGUCUAUGGAAGAUUUUGUCUGCUGAUUUGACUUGGCUGCAGGCUGUGGGAGGGUCAGUAUAGAUAAGAAGUCUAUAGUUAAGAGUAUUUGGGGAUGCAGUAACAAGCAAGCUUAUAUAGGAACUUGAGGAGAUAGCUUGUUCAAUACUGCUUCUUUACU